AUGGAAGCGUGGCUGGAAGUGCACCGGGGCGCAACUCUGCUAGGUGAUGACAGACGACAUGAUCGUAUCUGGGCGUGUGAUUCUUCCCAGGCUUUCGAUUACAUCCUGAGUGCGGUCGUGACGGACCCAACGUGGACAUAUCUGCCUGGAGUAUCGGAUGUGGAUUUGCGGGCGUGGCAGUAUGGAAGAGCACGCGCUGGCUUGCCGGCUUUCUUGCAGAAGGAGGUUUGCAGGGACCCAGUUGCCACGAGCUCGUGCGCUCCUCACACAUUCCCGUUGGUUAAGAGCAAGUGCUUCCAUAAUCAUACGGGUUCGAGGGUAUGCCAGAAAGAAUUCCACUCGUGCUGGCGCAGGGUUGUGGAUGCAUCGCGGUCGCUUGGUAAGAACGGAUGGCGAUUACUGGGGCGUGGUGUCAGGGGCGUGCUGCAGGCAACGGGGAUUUCGUGCGAGUUGUGGGCAUUACGCGAUGCUGCGCUGGAAGUGCGGCGCAUGGAGGACUCGCUGACAGCGCCCCCAACGCGCAGCUGUCGAAGGUGCGGGGUUGACAUGUGCGGUCGUCUUCAGGCUGUGUGUGCUGACGCAGACCAGGCGUUCGAAGCUUGCGACGCUCCGCCGGUGAUGGGGCAUUGGGAAACCGUGGCAGAACAGUACGUGAAGGCGACGGGCGAGGAACACAUAUCAGUCAUGAAGGGCCGGCGGUUCGAUGCACGUCCUGGUCAGCAAGCUGCCGGUGCAAGUUGGUUGGUAUUCACGCUGGGUGAUCUUCAACGGGCGAUUGCUUCGUUCACCGUGAUGUCCUUAGUGUGCGUUGUUGGUCACGCAUUCUCGCUCAAGGGGAUCCCCAUUGGAGGCGUGAUGUCUGGCAUCUGCGUGGCGGUAUCCAUUGGCGCACAGGAGUACAAGUGGAGACGCAACAAUGAGAAGCACAGGCAGAACGGGUACACCUUCGAGCCGCAUGGCAUCGACAAGUGCAUUGUGUGGAGGCGGUAUGUUGACGAUGUGUUGAUAUGUUCUCGACGUUAUUGCCGGAAAUGCCUCAUCGAAUUCCUCGGCGCUGGGAUUCAGGUCAAGUUCGCACCCACGGGGCCUUUAGCUCCAGAUGCUGAGUCUGUUGGGGUAUGGCUUGAUGUGCAGCUGUACGUGAGUGGCCAGUCGUUGACCCUGUUGCCCAAGAGCGUGAACAGGGACUGGCUGUACACGGGAAGCUCGUUCGCGAGCUGCACGUCCAAGCCCGGGCCGCAGCCAUGGACCGACGCGGACGCUCCGGCGGCGGCCCGCCAGGAGGAGAAGCGGAUCCGCAAGAAGGAGCGGCGUCUGCGCAAGGCCAAGGAGCUCCUCCUGGCGGAAGACGCCCUGUACCGCGCUUGGCAUGAAGACCAUGAGCGCCGCAAGUCAGAGGAGGCCUUGCGCGCCCAGGGACAGGCAUUUGCAUCGGCUUUCAACGAGAAGCUUGAAGAGCUGACCAAAGCAGUCCGCAGCGGGGCCGGCGCUGGAGGAGGAGAGGCGGCGGCGCCUGCCGCCGAGCCAGUCCAGGACGACAAGUGGAGCAGCCUACGCAUCCGUUGGCUCGCAGCGGAGUUGGGCGGCAACGUGGAGUUCCCGAGGGAGGCCAACAACAAUGCCAAGAUCAUCGAGGUCGUCACGUCAGAGGCUCAGAAGAACAAGGAUGUCCGCGACGCUAUCCAGGAGCUCCUGCAGAACAACAUGGCUGGCAAGCCGAUUCCCCGUGCCAUCGCGUCCAGGACCAAGAUGCUGGUGGAGUGGGCCGCAGAAGCCU